GAGCUGCUGGCCGGCCAUCAUGCCCGUGGACUUCUCGGGGCCCAUGGGGCCGAAGCUCUUCAUCUGGGGCGAGCCCGUGCUGCGCAAGUACUACACCGUGUACAACUGGCGGGAGAAGAGCGUCGGCUUCGGCCUCGCGAGGCACGUCCCGGAGGGCCCGGGCAGCACCGCGGGCGGCCGCCGGGCGCCAGACGUGCGCCGGGGGCCCCUUCUGGAGGCGCUGCUCGAGGCUAAGGGCGGCCAGUGCGCAGGCAGGGCAGAGGUGGCAGAGGUGGCAGGUGCCGCAGGCACCGUGAAGUUCCGCGGGUUCGAGAUCCCAGAUGACCAGCUGGUGGAGCUGGCCGAGGUCGACGAGAGCGCGGCGGCAGAGUGCCAGAAGUUCAAGGAGCAGCUGGAGGAGUGCCAGAAGGGGGGCGAGGGCACGCUGGCCGACGCGGCGAAGCGAAGGGCUGAGGCGGAGCGGAUAAGCAACGAGUUCUUCGCGCAUGCCCAGUCCAGGGAGGAGCGGCUCAAGCUGGUGGCCAACCAGGCGAGGGCGCGGGCCAGGAACGCUUCCAAGAAAAGGAAGGUCGAGGGCGCAGCAGGAGACGCGGGGGCUGCCCAGGUAAGGAAGCCAAAAGCUGGCGCGGCAAGCGGAGGGGCGAGCGCGGCGGUGGUGGCAGGAACCAAGGGGGACGCCAUGGAGGACACGGCGGCCUCUCUGCAAGGGCAGCCUGGGCGGGGUGGACCUCGGCGGGUAGCGCACGACCUCGCGGUGGAGACCGAGGACGGCGACGGGGCCGUCGCAGAGGAGAUGCUCAAGGAGACGGACUUCUGGGCGCACAGCGAGGCCGAUGGGGAUUGGGAACGGCAGGUGCCCAGGCGCCGAGGCGACCGCACCUUCGACGACGCGAGGCCCGACGCCAAGUACCUGGAAGAUGGGCAGGCGCGACCUGUGCGAGGUUGCGGGCAGUCGACAACGGGGCUGCGGGGCACAGAUGGAAGGACAGCGGAGGAGGAGGCGCUGGCGGCGGAGGCGUGCCAGACCCUCGCGGAUGUCGAAGAGGCCGACGCGAAGAUCAAAUGUGCGCCAGGGAGUUGCAGCGCGCUCGGGGUGGCGGACGCAUCGCGGAGGCCGCCCAACCCCCUGGAGGCAGACGUGGAGGAGACCAGGCUCUGCGGCGUCAUGGCGAGCAGGGCUGCGAAGUGGGCCCCGAGGCUCAGCGACGCGGAGGCGGGCCGAAGCUCGCGGUUGGAGUGGUGCACCAGGUGCGCGCUGGCGGCGCUGCAGACGCCCGCGCGGAGCGGGCGGGUGGUGGCGGCCAAGGGCGAUGGCUCGCUAAGGCAGCUAGCCGAGGAGGUUUGCGAGGAGGCAAGGACGAGCAGGCGCCAUAUAAUGGCUCUGGUGGAGCAUCUAAAGAUGCUAGGGCAUGAGGCGAACGGGGCGACGAACGCCACGGCCAACAGGACCUCGGCGGCGGCGGAGCUCGACCACAAGGGGGGGGCGGCGAAGAUGAAGGAUCAGAUGGGCACGGUCUGGACGACCGACACCAACAGUUGGAACUCGGCAGCCAGGCUGCUGGAGGAGGCGCGGAGCAAGGGCAUGAGGCUGCCCGAGUACGUGCUGCUGCAGGAGCACCGCGGCAAGACCAAGAAGGCGGCCAUGAGGGUGUGCACCUGGGCACGCUGGCGCGCGUGGACGGCAGCCGCGGACCAGGCGUGGGCAUUGUCUCUGGAGUCGAGCGGAGGUACGGCGGUGUUGACGACGAGGGGGAGAGGCAGCAAGCAUGCAAGGAUGCUCAGGCUCAGAAGCCACAUGUUGGUGGCGAUGGAGGUGGACUUGGACCUGCAGGUUAAGGUGAUCAUAGCGUCGGCGCAUCUCGAGCACAGUGCUGGCCUGGAGGGGGACAUGCAGCUCCCGGAGACAAUAGGAGGACAGGCGAGAGGUCAGGGGAGGCCCUGGGUCACAGGAGACGACUGGAACAUGGACCCGUGUCUCUUCCAGGAUUGUGCCCACAAGAAUCUGCGCGUGGUCAUCACCAGCGGAGAGGCGGGCCGCUGCCAGGGUUGCGGCCUGGACCCCGUCCCGCGCCACGAUGCUCAUUGCUUGGCGCGUUGCGUUGCGGUGUUCCGCACCUUGCGGCCCCGGCGCGCUGCUGAGGUGACCGGCCUGAAGCUCCUAUCCGAGAGCCUGAAGGGCAAGAUCCGCUACAGCAUGUUCGAGCUCUACAUCAGCCGCCACGCCCUCUUCCGCGUGUGGGUGUCCGUGGACCCAGCGCUCGCGCACAUGCUGUGCAGGAAAUGCCAGGGGCGCCACCAGGACGAGAAGAGGUGCCUGGAAUUCCAGUACACACGCACCCAGGACGACCUCUUCCAGGCGGGAGUCGGCGCGGAGAGCGUGUACCUGCUCAUCAGCGGCAAAAUGGAGUACGUCCAAGAGCCGGACUUCUCGCCCGUCCUGGACUCGGCCACCCAGCAGGUGCCCGAGGGCUCGUGGCUGGCGGAGCCAGCGCUGUGGGCCGAGUGGAAGCACGUGGGCACCGCCCUGGCGACCGCCUACUCGAGGGUGAUGAAGG